UCUCUCAUCUUGAGCAAGGACUUUGCAAUAUGUGUAACGUGUGCAAGUGCUCAGUUUGUGGUUUUAGACAAGAAGUGGUUGGACCGAGCUUAUGCACACUGGCGUGUCGUCGACUUUGACGGGCCAUCUGUGCUCGUAAUGCUAGCUUGAUGAAGGAACAUUUUGUUUGGUUCUCUCGAUUUUGUUAAGGAACGUUGUACCAUUAUAGACUGCUCCCAAACCUAACGAGUUUGAAGCGAGUGACGAGGGCUUCAGUUUGUGGAUAUUUUCCCAGUUUCGCAUGCAUGUGAUAAUGUAGCCAGAGGCUGGUCCGGAAUGGGUCGUUAAGGCGGUUUACCUCGCUGUUGAGGGCACUAGCGUGCCCUUAUCUGCUUAUGGUUUACCGCUUACAAGGGAAGAUCACCGGUGGACCGAUGUUACGGCAGUUUGUCUUCAAUGGUGUGUUGUGGAGUAACUCACUGUUCAUUCGCUGACGGUGACGAGUUCAUUUGUGCGUUUCUCUCACUGUUUGCUAUGUUGUCCUUCCCUAUACCGUCUGCCGCGUGAAAUUGCACAGUCUGCGGUCGGAUGGACCAUACGGUUGUAUCAGGAUUCUAUGAGGUUUUCAACACUCGCAGAUGUGCUUCACAGUGGUAGUUCUACGAAAUCAAAGGAGGCUCAUUUUCGAGUUUCUCUCGGUGAUUUGAGUGUUUUCCCCUUUGCAUGCCGUUUCCGCAUAGACUGUUCACUUUGCGGUGUUGUUGAAACCGCGAUUUGGACCGGGUUUUUGUAAGCUUGAGAUCUCCAGUAGCACGCUAGCAUCUUUUUUGACCUGCAAGGACUCGAAAUAUGUAUAUUUUGGCGUUUCUCUCGCAUGUUUGAGCUUCAUGUCGCGCUCUGCCUGUUACCGUGCGAGCCACUCGCUAUCUUGUUCGAUUGCAAAUGCGCGCUUGGACCGGGAUUGUGGCACCUUUUGUAGAACUAGACUGGUUCCUUAUAAACUAAUGUGGAUACGACCUGUGAGUUACGAAUUCAGCUGCGGUACUAGUGAACACGAGUUGCAAGACAUCAUCAUCACACAGCAGUUAGAGGUAGACGUAGACGCAGACGGGGUUGUCCCAGACACACCAACUCAUCAAGAUGCCUCUCCCUGCAGCCUUGGCAGCUCGGCUGAGAAAACGAGGGAUUCUACAAGACGGCACUUCCCCACAAGAUCCUCAUGAGGAAAUCAUAGCGCAGGAUUACUCCACGGAAGACAUGCCGUCACAGCAGAAAGCGUCUGCUGGUGAGGAUGCAGUGGUGGCCCCAGCAGCCGGAGAGAGCCUCCCCCCAGGCUGGUUUAAAGUCAAGGAUCAUGUCAGUGGGUAUCACUAUUACUGGGACGCAGAAAAAGAUUUAGUGUCGUGGCUGCCCCCUAGUGAUCCCAAGGCUCAGGUCACCCUGCCGGCAGUCCAACUGAAUGAAGCCCAGGACCACAAGACCAAGACACAGUCACAGCCCCUGCCGCCCGGCACUGAAGUAAGGAGUGCGAACGAAAUCCGGCACGAGAGACCCAUGGUCGGCACAAUUGGACCAAUGCGGCCAGGAUCCGAGCCCCGACGACAGGCAGAGAGACCCUCACCGUAUCAGAAGUCACAUCGAGAAGACAGAGAAUCGCAGCGACACCGAAGUAAAAAAGAUGACGAGUUGGAUCCCAUGGAUCCUAGCGCAUAUUCUGAUGCACCAAGGGGUAACUGGUCAGCUGGCCUUCCCAAGUCAAAUGAAGCCAAGACAGGAGUGGACACCACAGCCAAUGGUCCCUUGUUCCAGAUGCGGCCGUAUCCCAACCCAGGUGCAGUCUUGCGAGCAAACGCAGGCAAAAAUGCCGGAAAAUGAGUACAUCAAGAAGCCACAGAGAUUUCCUUCAUCUGCUGUCAUUUUCAUGACUUGCCAGAUGCCUGUUUCAUGUAUGGCUCUUCUACAAAGCAGAUUACCACGCUGUGCUUUUCAAGUAAAUAUAAAUAGGCUCAAUUCUUCUUGCAUACUUUUUUAAUUAUCUUUCACAUUUCUAUAAACAUUUCAGAAAUUAAUUUUGGCUUAUUUUUGGCUGGCCCUAAAAUUAUGUCACUGGUUAUUACACAUUCUGGCCAAAUUGCAUGUAGCUGUUCAGCUGGAAAAUGUAGUGAAACUCAUUUGGGUAUUGUAAAAGAGCAGCAUAGAAUAGCUCAUUUGGGUUUGAACAGUGAACUAACUGGUUUGCUUCAUGGGAGCGCAUCUGUGAUGCUGCCUGGAAAACUGUUUCGUUGGGCUGAAUGCGAUCAGUUGUUGUAAAAUGAUGCCAAAAGGCAACGUGCCACGAUGGGCAACUAGUGUAGUCAUCUCCAAAAAUGGCUUUUUUCAUAUUCAAAUGUCCACUGUUUUUCUUCAUUUUAAUUUCAACUUAGAAACUCCAGAGGAACCUCAUUAAUAAGAGGUCCCUCAGUCUUUGCAGAUUACCUCGUUACAACAGGAACCUUGUAAUUAUCAGAAAUGAAAACAAUGAAGAACAAAGGCCUGGGACCUAAAAAUAUCCAUGUUAUAAGCAGAAUGUUGUUUUAGUGUUCUUAGGAGCAAGGUUGGACUGUAGCCCUGACAGAAUCUUCUACACAAUUCUUUGUUUGAUGUUUAGACUCCCUCCUAACCCCACCUCUUGCCCCUCCCCCCCCCAGUUUUGUUAGUGCUGUUGGCUGUCACCAGCACUCACUGGCAUCAGAGUGACCCCACAGAAAUAACAUUUCCGAAUUCCCCUUUAAAGCGUGUCCUUCGGGAGAAAAAGGUGGUUGACUCACGGUAUGAUUUAAUGGGGUCUCUGCCUGAAACUCCUUGGCAAGAGCCAAGUCCUUGGCAUCUUCAUUAUCGUCUGCAUUAUAGGAUUAUAGGAUAUCAUUUCUCUAGCUAGCUUUUACACUUGACUAUUGACGUCAUUGAUUCCAUGAACAGUCACUCAGUAAUUCACGAAGUACAUCAGUUAUACCCAUUUCUUGUUGCUGUGUAUGAGAGAUCGGUAUUUUUUCGCUAAAUCACAACUACAGUUGUUUCAGUCUACAAUAUUGUAUUCCUCCGCUGUGAAUAAACUUAUCUUAACUAAACAAAUUACAAAUUCA